UCCUGAAUUUUCUCCUCAGUCACCUCUGAGAAGAAAAUGUCAGGAUCUGAGACGGGUUUAAUGGCGGCGACCAGAGAAUCAAUGCAAUUCACAAUGGCUCUCCACCAGCAGCAGCAGCAGCAACGCAGUGAAGCUCAACCUCAGCAGUCUCAGAACAUGCAAUUGUCAUUCGGUGGAGACGACGGAGCCGCUGUUUACAGGCAGCCGAUGAGGUCAGCAUCACCACCGCAGCAGUACCAACCCAACUCAGCUGGUGAGAAUCCUGUCUUGAACAUGAACAUGCCCGGAGGUGAGCAUGGAGCCGUGACUGGAAGUGAGCCUGUGAAGAAGAGGAGAGGUAGACCGAGGAAAUACGGACCUGAGAGUGGUGAAACGUCACUUGGUUUGGUUUCUGGAGCUCCUUCUUUCACUGUGAGCCAACCUGUUAGCGGCGGCGGUGGAGGAGAGAAGAAGAUGAGAGGAAGACCUCCUGGUUCUUCUAGCAAAAGGCUCAAGCUUCAAGCUUUAGGCUCGACGGGAAUCGGAUUUACGCCUCAUGUACUUACCGUGAUGACUGGAGAGGAUGUAUCAUCAAAGAUAAUGGCGUUAGCUCAUAAUGGACCACGUGCUGUGUGUGUCAUGUCUGCAAAUGGAGCCAUCUCCAAUGUGACUCUCCGCCAGUCUGGCACAUCCGGUGGAACCGUUACAUAUGAGGGGAGAUUUGAGAUUCUGUCUUUAUCGGGAUCGUUCCAUUUGCUGGAGAACGAUGGUCAAAGAAGCAGGACGGGAGGUCUAAGUGUGUCCUUAUCAAGUCCGGAUGGUAAUGUCCUAGGUGGUAGUGUAGCUGGUCUUCUUAUAGCAGCAUCACCUGUUCAGAUUGUUGUUGGGAGUUUCAUACCAGACGGAGAAAAAGAACCAAAACAGCAUGUGGGACAAAUGGGACUAUCGUCACCCACAUUACCGCGUGUGGCCCCAACGCAGGUGCUGAUGACUCCGGGUAGCCCGCAAUCUCGAGGCACAAUGAGUGAGUCAUCUUGUGGAGGAGGACAUGGAAGCCCUAUUCAUCAGGGCUCAGGAUCUUACAGCUGGAAGUAGCCAUGUGAUCUGGGUCGGCUUAAAACAAACAACUUCCCGUUAUUUGAGUGAUGAUUAUUUCUAUAUUUGGUUUAGACUUUCUAGUUCUGUUCAGACAAAAGGAGUUUGAUAACUUGACAUAUUUUGUGUUUUGAGGUACUUUCAGAACCAUAGGUGUUCAGAAAUUAGAAUGUCCUGAUUAAUGUUGAUC